UAUGGCAAGUGGCAAAAAGUUAUGUGUUUGUCGUGUCCCAUGUGCAAUAAUUAAAGCUGCAAAAUUGAUCAAAUCAAUUGAAUUCAAAAACAAAGCGAUUGUUGUUAAAGUGUUCGAUGCUAAUUAAGUGACAGUUCUUACGUUUGUUUUGCUAGCUGUUCGCGUUGAAUUCUUUGACAUUUUUUAACUGCAACUUCGUUUAGAAUAAAUGAAAUGUUAAUCCCGUAUGUUUAAUCAAUUUUAAUUGUAUAUUCAGCUUAUCGCAAAAAAGGACAUUUCGUUGUGACAAAAUUUUAUUGUUCACAUAGCAACUGAAUCAAAAAUAAAAAUAGUAGACAAAUCGGCUGAGCGCUGAAACUAUGUUCUUAUCAGUCAAGGGAAAUCGAAAAACCAUAAAGAUUACACCGCCAGUGCAUGGAGUCAUUAAACUGUGAUAUAUACUCGUACUAUUGUGAAAAUACUUCCAUAUUGUAGGGAGUGUAUUUCCACCUAUCUAAGUAAAUAUAUAUUUAGUACAUCUGAGACAAUGGCGCGACUUAACAAACGCCUGCUCCCUAUCAAAGCGCAUUUCUUCUUCUUCAUGGCGGCAAUGGGACCCAUAUUACCGCAACUAUCUGUGAUAGGAAAACAGAUUGGAAUUCCACCAGAUAUAAUGGGCUAUAUAACUGCUGUAUUGCCAAUACUCUAUGUGUUAGCUAAGCCGCUUGUUGGCUUUCUGGCUGACUAUUUUGUGAACCUGCGCAAGUUCAUCUUUAUGACAUUGAUUGUGAUCAUGACAUUGGCCUAUGCUGGAUUUUAUUUCCUGCCCAGUUCCAGGCAUGCCAUUGAGCUGGAGGAUAGCAACUCCUCUUGGUCGAUGACACUAACAGAUGAACCAGUUCAUUGUCCAAAGAAGUUGUAUGUCUCCAAGGAUUUUUGUCAGACAACACAUCAAUCGGAGUGCAGCCAACAGAACUUCACAUUCCACACGUUAUUGGUGGCGCCACAAUUUGUGGCGGAAUUAAAUCUGAGCACUAAUCUGCAGCAUGGCAAUGACAGCUAUUUCAUGUGUCUGACCCAACUGAACGAGUCCAUCUCUUGGAGCGACAGUUCUGUUAUGUGCCACGUGCAACACAUCAAUAGCUGCAUAUAUGGAAGUGGCAAGUUCUGGCUGUUUGUCUGUCUCUUGUUCAUUGGAACCAUUGGCUUCAAUGUCACCAAUUCCAUCUCGGAUGCCUGUUGCUUUGAUCUGCUGGGCGAGGAGGACACCAAGUAUGGAGCACAACGUGUUUGGGGCACCAUUGGAUUUGGUACUACCGCGCUUCUAGCCGGAGUCGUUGUUAAUAUGUGGACAUCGGAUGCAAUCAAGAGUUUUACACCCGCUUUAAUUAUUAUGUGUGUUUUUAGUGUGCUGGAUUUGUUUAGUGUGUCCAAGCUGAAGAUGCCCCAGCUGGGCAACUCCGAGUCCAUCUGGACGGAUGUGUGGCAAUUGGUGCGUCAGCCUCCAAUUGUUACCUUCCUGGUGUUUGCCACCAUUGCGGGCAUUAUUGAUUCCUUCAUCAUUUACUUUAUGUUCUGGCAUGUGGAGGAAGUGGCUGCCCAGACGGGAUUUACCCAGGAUAUAAAGCUCAUUGAGGGCUUGGUCGUUGCCGCCGAGUGUUUGGCCGGGGAAGUCCCCUUCUUCUUCUACAGUGGGAAGAUCAUUAAGAAACUAGGCUAUGUGCAUUGCAUGUCCAUGUGCUUCUUCUUCUAUGCAAUACGCCUGUCACUCAUUUCCUGGAUACCCAAUCCCUGGUAUCUCGUUGGCGUCGAACUCUUCUUCCAGGGCAUCACCUAUGCCCUGUGCUACACCUGCAUUGUGGCCUAUGCCUCGGCUGUGGCCCCGCCAGGCACCUCGGCUACCGUUCAGGGCCUAAUGGCGGGCAUGGAUGAUGGAUUGGGCUUCUCCAUUGGCUCUCUCAUCGGUGGCAUUAUGUUUAAGCAUCUGGGCGGACGGGAGAGCUUCAAAUACUUUGCCAUUGCUGCCAUCUGCACCUGUGUGGCGCACAUUAUCCUGCGUCCGUUGUCCAGAAAGCGACAGUAUUUGCCCAAAAGUGGCUAUCAAUUGCCCACGGAUCAGCCGGAGGAUGAGCUCAGUUCGCUGCCCUCAUCCCCACAGCCGCAGGAGCUGCCAAAAGUGUACUAGUUUUAAUCCACCUUUAGUAUUAUUUUGCACACGUUUUAGUUCAAUAUUAAUACUUUUACGAUUACUUUUUAAAUCAAAAUUACAAAAUAAAAACAAGUUAUAGUUAUUAACUUAUA